UCGCGGCCGCCAUGUUCCUCUCUGGUUGCUGUGAUGGAGACGCGGCGCUUCGGAUUUUAAACUUUCUGUUUUAAAUUCAUAAAAUCGUCUGAAAUCGUCAGUAUCUCAGACAUAAAGCUCCAGAGCUGUACAGUCGCACAAUGCUUUUAAUUCCACGGCAGAACUGAAGGCGUGGGAUCAGAGAGCAGGCCCAGUGCGCGUUCUUAUCGCGCCGCCGUCACCAUGACGACCACGGGGCUGCGCAUCGGAGAUCAGAUGGUGCUGGAGGAAGACUAUGAUGAAAACUACAUCCCUUCAGAGCAAGAGAUCCACGAGUACGCCAUCGAGAUCGGCAUCGACCCGGAGCGUGAGCCCGAGCUGCUGUGGCUGGCCAGAGAGGGGAUGGUGGCGCCGCUUCCUGCCGAGUGGAAACCAUGUCAGGACGUCACUGGUGAGGUGUACUACUUUAACUUCUCCACGGGUCAGUCCACCUGGGAUCAUCCGUGUGAUGAACAGUAUCGUCAGCUGGUGGAGCAGGAGCGCGAGCGCGAGCGCAACCAACAUGCUAGAGCCGCUCCGACCGCCGUGAAAAGAGACAAGGAGAAGAAGAAGAAGAAGGACAAGAAAGACAAGAAGAAAAAACUGGAGGAAGUCAGAGCUCCAGGGGUGUUGGCUCCUCUCGGUCCUCUCCGCGGUCUGUCUGAGGCUCCUGUCGCUCCUCUCAGAGGAACUCUGGGCGCCUCGUCUGGACUCCAGCCGCUCAAAACGUCUCUCGGGGCUGGUGUGUUGAGCUCUGCUGCUACCAGGAGCGUUCAUGAGGAGAGGAGCGCCGAGGAAGACGAGGAGAUCUCUGAGGAAGAGAGGCCGCGGGAUUCAGCCGGACUCCUGCAGAACCUCCAUCUGGAUCUGGACGCUCUGGGAGCAGGACUGCAGUACGAGGACAGUGAGGUCAGUGUGACGGUUCCUCCUGAAGAAAGAACAGAACCUGAACUACAGGAACUGGCCCUGUCGAGGGAUCACAGUCCGGAGGCGCCUUCAGAGGAGUCUGAGGAUGGUGAAGCAGCAGUGUCGCUCUCAUCUGCUGAUAAUGUGAAGGCUGGUUUCCGCUCCAAACUUUCAGAGAAUGUGUUUGAUCUGCUGGAUCUGUCACCUGCAGUGGACAGGAAGGAAGCCGAGGGCGAGGCAGAUGUGGACAGCUGUGAAGACGUCUCUGACUCUGCAGACAGGCGUGUGCAUGAAAACGUGACGUUAGCUCAGACGCCGCUGUCGUGCUCCGCUGCCUCCACACCCACAGAUGACAUCAUCAGAACAUCAUCACGUGACCAGAGACCCCCGACCGCCCGCGGCAGAACUGAGAGAGAGAGACGAGAGCGAGAAGAGCAGGAGAGGAAGAGACGAGAAGAGAGGGAGGAAGAGGAGAAGAGACGAGUAGAGAGGGAGGAAGAGAAGAAGAGAAAGCGUGAGGAAGAGGAGAAGACACGAGAAGAGAGGGAGGAAGAGGAGAAGAGACGAGUAGAGAGGGAGGAAGAGGAGAAGAGAAAGCGUGAGGAAGAGGAGAAGACACGAGUAGAGAGGGAGGAAGAGGAGAGGAGAGAGCGUGAGAAAGAGGAGAAGAGACAAGUAGAGAGGGAAGAAGAGAAGAGAAAGCGUGAGGAAGAGGAGAAGAGACAAGUAGAGAGGGAGGAAGAGGAGAAGAGAAAGCGUGAGGAAGAGGAGAAGAAGAGACGAGAAGAGAGGGAGGAAGAGGAGAAGAGACGAGUAGAGAGGGAGGAAGAGAAGAAGAGGCUGGAGGAGGACGCAGCGAGACAGAUGGAGGUGGAGAGGAGCAGACUGAUGGAGGAGACGCAGAGGAGACUGCAGCUGCAGCUGAUGGAGGACGAGGAGCGCCGGAUGAAGGAGGAGAGCGCUGAGCAGCUCCGGUCAGUCACUGCUGCAUUGGUCAUGAAGGAGCAGAUACUCAAACAGAGACGAGACGAGGAGGAGCAACUGAACAACGACAUGCACACACAACUACAACAGCUCAGGCUUGAGAAUGAGGUGAAGCUGCAGGAGCUGUGCUCAGAGCUGGAGGCAGAACGGGAGAGGGCGGAGACUCGGAGGAGGCGGGACCUUGAGCACCUGAGGGAGGAGUCAGAGGAGGAGCUUCGGGCUGAGAGGAGGCGGCUACAAGAGAAGAAGGAGGAGCAGCUGACCUCCAUCAGACUACAGGCUAAACUGAGUAACACACAGAAGGAUCUGAGGAGCACACGCCCAGAACAGCCUUUAGCAGAGUACCAGAGAGAGCUCACAGAUGUGCUGCAGGAAGUCCGGGAUGAAGUUGAGAGAGAUCACAGGAGGAAACUUGAACAACUGAAGGAGGAACAUCAACAGGAGCUACAGAACCUGAGAGAGACACACCUGGAGCAGGAGAGCAGGGAGCGGGAGCGUCUGCUGGAUUCUCUUCAGAAGGAGAGAGACGCUGUGAUCUCUAAACACACAACACAACUACACAAACUACAGCACACGCUGGACACGCAGCUGCAGGAGACGCGCAGGACACACUCGCAGAAGGAGUCAGCUCUACAGGAGUGGAUGGAGAAGCUGGAGAUACAAACCAAAGAACUUCAAACUCAGGAGGCUGAACUUCAGUCAAAGGCAUCAGAUCUGAGGAAGAGGAGACAGCAGCUGUGUGAGGAAGAGGAGGACACUCAGAGAGGAUUACAGUCUCUCCCGCAGCUGCUGAAGGAGCGGGACGAGCUGCAUGAGGAGCUGCAGCGGAUGAGAGCAGAUCUGCAGAGAGAGAGACAGGAGCGAGAGCGACAGAGAGAGGAGAACAGCAGGAUGAUGGAGGAGCGACGGCAGCUGGAGACCAGAGUCACGCUUCUGCAGGAGCGAUGUGAGCAGCUCACCUCCAGAGUCAGUGAACUGGAGCAGAGGAGCAGAGCGGAGCGAGAACAGCAGCAGGACGGAGCAGAGGACGAGCAGAAGAAGAGCAAGAGAAAGACAGAGAACGGUCUGCGUUUGGAGGAUCUGGAGGCUCCGCUGCUGCGGUCAGACGCCAGCGACACCAGCGUAGACGACGUGAGGCAGUACAUGUGGAAUGAGAGCGUGUCUCUCUUCAGGGCUCGUCAGUUUCUGGAGCGGCAGAGCGCUCACAUGUUUGACAGACAGGCAGCGCUGCGGGCGGCUCACAGCAGUCUGAAGGACCCCACGCCUGGGAGCUCAACACAGCAGCAGCUCUACCACAACCUGCAGCAGGAGGUGAGGGAUCUGGCUGAGCUGAGGGAGACUCUUCAAAAGGGUCAAACGCUCCUGAAAGAAAAAGAGGAGAAACUCAACCAGCUCGAAACAUCAUUGACUGAAGAGGUGUCAUGUGAUGAUGCUGAGAGGUCAGCUGAUCGGAAAGUGACAUUUGAUGUGACCGAGUCAGAGAUGAGCAGUGUGUACAGCCCAGAGGGAACAGUUCCAGUGAAGGUGCAGCAGCUGGCCGACUCUCUGCAGCUGAUCUCAGGUCAGCUCAACUCUGUGUUAGGAGCUUUGGGUUCACUAACACACAAACAGACUCCACCCCCUCUGACAACACCCCUGCUGCCCCGCCCCUCAUGGGCGUGGUCUACAAACCCCUCCCCCUCAUUGGCCAACGGACUCUCACACAGAGCCACAGACUCACGGCAGAUGCGCUGGAGCGGCCUGAGCUCAGAAACCAGCAGAGCACACAUGACCUACUCAGGAUACACACCACUAAGUCUGUCAAGUCUGCGUCCAUCAGAGGUCGAGGGUCAGCGGCUGCAGGGUCUUAUUGAAGGAAACAAACGCUGGCUAGAGGCUCAACGGAAGAACCGCAACAUUCCUCUGUUCCCGAGCCUCAGAAGCGUGUCCAGCAGCGGUGGGUUAGUUCAGCUCAGCCUCGACGACAACAACCAGAUCAAAGUUCAUCAUUACUGAAGCAGUGUGUUUCUCAGGACGGCUGGAGGAUUUAUAUGCUUACAAACAGUUUCAAAAACCAAUUUAGUUUAUUUUUUCAUUUGUAUAGCUGGGUGCAAUGUGCAGAUCUCAUUUGUACCAUAUUUUUGUAAACAAUAAAUGAAUUUAAUACUUGA